AAUAUGUACUCGAUUUCUCACUCAGGGUAGAAGUUUUGCACCUCAGUGUUCGAAAAAGCAACCCGCGUUCAGGGUUGCUACACUUACGUUGUCACGUGAUAUCACUAGCCGGAGUAACUCGUACCGACCCGAGUUUAGAGCCCGAGUGAUCAGCAAAGUGCCAUUCUAUCCGUAACAUCUCAUCCGUGUCAUGGCGUCCAACGAUCCGUCCGAUCAGCUGUUCUCCAAGCUGUCCCCGGAGAGCGGCAAAGGCGUCUCUCCGGACGCGGGCAACUACAUCCUGGUGGACGUGUGCGCCAACCUAGUGAACAAGAAGUACAGCCGGGACCUGGACGCCGUCGUGCAGCGCGCCAAGGACGCCGGGGUGAAGAAGAUGCUGGUGGUCGGCACGUCGGCGCACAGCACCAAGGAAGCACUGCGCCUCACUCGCAUGUUCCCGGGCACGCUCUACUGCACCGCCGGCAUCCACCCGCACGACGCCAAGUCCUGGGACGAUGACACGCUGCAGCUACUCCGGGAGGUGGCUUCGAACCCGGAGUGCGUGGGCAUCGGCGAGUGCGGACUCGACUUCAACAAGAACUUUUCGCCGCCUGAGGUGCAGCUGGAGGUGCUGCACAGGCAGGUGGCACUGGCCUGCGAACUCAAGAAACCCCUGGUGCUACACGAGCGAGAUGCCUUCGCCCCGAUGCUGGCCGUGCUCGAGAAGUAUGCGGACCGGCUGCCCCCAACCGUCGUGCACUGCUUCACCGGCACGAGCGAGCAGGCACUCAAGUACAUCGCGAUGGGCUUCUACAUCGGGGUCACAGGCUACCUGUGGAAGGACAAGGGCCCACUGCGGGAGGCCCUGCGAGGUGUGCCCACGGAGCGCCUCCUCCUGGAGACCGACAGCCCCUUCCUGUGCCCCAACCCCAGGGCGGCCCGGCUUGGGGAGUCCCUGAAGUCCGUCCCGAGCCCCCGGGCCCUGGGCCUGGUGGAGCGCUACUGCUCCUUCCAGCGCAAUGAACCCUGCUCGCUGCCGGCCACCCUCGAGCUGUGCGCAGCCCUUCUGGGGCUGGAGCCCCACGACCUGGCCCUUAGGACCACCUACAACGCGCUCAGCCUCUUCGGCCUCGACUAGGUGUCCGCACCGCCGCCGCAGAGAUUCGGGUCCGCCCUGGCCGGCUGUCGAUGGGUGCCGUGGAGGCGUCCUCUGUGCCGCGACACCUGGAACGCGUCUUCAACCGGCGUGUUGAGCAUACCGUACUGCUACGAAAUGAAAGUGGUUCGUUUGUGGCAACAAAUGAUGUCGCACGAGGUGGCGUUUCGUGCUGUCAAAUGUCCCGAUCCCGGCACUUGGCUCUAGAAGUUCCGGCGAAAAUGGCAAGCAAACUCGAGCGUCCCCAUUGUCACUGGCUACCGAAGCUUCGGCAGGCCAUCGUGCUCGAGAGCGACCUGCAGCGGGCAUCUGCCGCAUCCGCCUUCCCUGCUCUGCCGGCACCAAGAUCGUGGCAAGCAACGGCUCUAUGCCAAAGUGACGUCGUCGGGCAAAGCUCGGGGGACUACAUUUGAGGACGCGAUGAGCGCACUGGUCGGAAACGCGUUCCAGGCACCGAACCCUCCCUGCCUGCCUUCGCCUAAGCUUGCUCAUUGGGGCACUGCCUCUGUCGGCAGUUGGAGGUAUGCAUGUGCCGGCUAUAAAUUAAUCGGCUCCAGGAGACUCGGAUGAAAGGCUCUGCCCCUCGUGUGAGAGGUGUUGUCAGUCUUCAAAUAUGUCUCUCGCACGAGGGGCAGGAUGUCUUUUUAAGCUUGUUGUCCCGUUAAGCUCUCCCGUUCCUAUUUCGGACGCUUUUGAGCCAUGCAUUGCUAAAAUAGAAAGGCUUCGUUGGCUUAGACUGCGGCGGGUGGCAGGGCCCGAAAUCUCGCGUCAACCACGUUGUGCCUUUGACCCGCAGAGUUGAGGGCAAUUUCCUCGGCGUUGGAAUGCUGCCAGUCCUUACCAGUCGAACCCGGUUAUAAGGAAGUCGGCGGGAAAUUUUAUUUAUUUAAUUAUUUAGACAUACUGGCAGCUACCAUUCGACAGCUGAGGCAGGGGAGGGUGUACGUACAAAGAAUUAAAGUGUACCAAAAUAAAGUAUGCAACGAUAACUAGGAAACACCGAUGGAAAUUCUUUGAUGAAUGACACAUUUUCUACGUGCAAAAUAUGUUUGCUAUAUCCAGAAUUUGUUGUACAUAUAUAGAGGCUUUGCAGAAAAAAAUUGAUUGUUUAUGCCCACUACACGUAACAAUCCUGCAGCAUAUAGCAUAGCCUUUCAAUAUGGCUGCUGUCCUAUUUUUGUAACUUUUCAGUACAAGGUAUAGCUACAAUGAAGUUGGAGUUAUUUCUGAUCAGCUUCCCCAGAUGGUGCAGGGUGGCGCAACGUCUCGUCCACCUGAGCACUUUCCAGUUUUCACCGUGUUCUGCUUUUACGUUUCCAAGUUCGCACACAAGUAAGCUUGUGAACUAGCUUCUGAACAAGCUUGUGAUGUGGCAAAGCCAAAUCCGUCGAGUGCAGAGAAGUGCAAUUGUUUCUGGAGAAAUCCCGGCCGAUGCUGAAACGCGACGCCAAACAGGACUACGAAGAUUUUAUUUUCCACUGAAAUUCUGGCACACCAUUUUCCAGUAAUUUUUGCAAAAAAAGUUUAUUACGUUUGACAAUCGUUUGGUUAUAUUUGCAGCGCGUUCCUUCGCAAUUGUUCAUUAAAAGUGGGCUAGAAUCACACGUAUAGCAGCGGGAGUAUAUGCGACGAAUAGUUCUUUAUAUACAAUAUUUUGCUAUUCCCGGGUUUGUUACACGUGGGUUUGCCGGCAACCAUUCUGCUCUCGGUGCCUCUGCCAAACAAUCUUCUUUGCGAGGGGCCCGAACGAAUGCAGGCCCCUCGCAUGGCUUGUGGCUCCUACAGGGCCAUACCUGCCCAAAGGAAAUAAAUUAGUGAACAAAAGGUAAGGGCGCAAACGAGCUGGUGGUCCCUUUUUGUCCCAGUCUCGGGGUUUUUGUCGAAAUGGAAAUAAAUUGUUGGAGACUGAUCCACUGCA